GCAUGAAGGAAGAGUGUUGAGAAUGAAGAACCUGAGUUUGGAGCCUCUGCCCAAGAGACAAGAAGGAGACAUUCUAUAUGCAGUCAUCCAGUUACCGGGUUUCCCAAAGAGGGUAGAGGCUCCAAGAUGUGAACCUGCAGGUUAUAUUCACUCUGAGUUAGUAGAGAUUGCAGAACAUUACUUAAAAGAGAGAAUUCAAGAAGGUGAUAAACAGGCAACUUUCCUUCUUGGUCAACUCUGUUUUGAAGAGGGGUGGUAUGAAGAUUCAUUACUGCACUUUCAUAAAGUCAAAGAUGAUGACUAUCAAGCUUUAUAUCAGGCUGGGGUGAUGUAUUAUGAUGGUCUAGGAAUUCAAGAAGAUCAGAAGAAAGGAGUAGAGUAUAUGAAAAGAGUUAUCAACUCGAACAGCUCACAAGCGAAACACCUGAAAUAUGCAGCUGCAUUCAAUUUGGGACUUGCGUGUUUUGAGGGUUGUGGAGUGCGUCACUCUGAUGAAGAAGCAGAGAGGUGGUGGCUUGUGGCUGCUGAUAAUGGGAAUCCUAAAGCCAGUGUGAAGGCUCAGAGUACACUGGGGAUGUAUUAUUCACGACCUUGCAGCAUGAAUCUGAAAAAGGCUUUCUUCUGGCAUUCAGAAGCUUGUGGCAAUGGCAGUGUGGAGUCACAGGGAGCUCUUGGUGUGAUGUAUCUUUAUGGACAGGGAAUACAAAGAAAUCAGCAGUGUGCUCUGGAAUGUCUGAAGGAAGCAGCUGAGCGUGGAAAUGUAUAUGCACAAGGGCAACUGGUCAGAUUCUACUAUCACAGGAAACUGUACACAAAGGCGGCAGAGUUAGCAAAGAGAAUUGUACAGCAUGACAACAUUGACUUGUGUGCAAAGUCUACAGAUUGCCUUCCUACAUAUGCCUCAAAAGGAAUUGCCAUAGCCAACUUCUAUCUGGCCAGAUGCCUCCAUCUUGGUUUAGGCCUAAAACCGGACAUGGCGGCUGCUAAAAAAUGUUACACUAAGGCAUGCCUACUGGAUGCAGAUGUGGCUGCUGAUCUGCAGUGUGACGUCAUUUCUGGGAAAAUCUAAAGCUGCUUCCCCGUCUCACAUCACAUUGAUGUGUCUGGUUUUUCACCAUCUCCAAUCGAUUCUCAGUAAUAUGUCUUACUACAUAGUCUGCAAUGUCAGUUUGUCUCACAGUAAAGACUAAACACG